AUGGUGUGGUCGGCGCCUUCGGGGGAGGUCCUGAUCGACAUCGUUUCAAGGCCCGGGCAGUCUGAGCACGGGCACGGUGCACUGGCGUACGGCGGCAAACAGGUGGGCGUGGCGCAGGCGCGGCCCGCGGCCCCCUAUGCCCCCAACUAUGCGCCCGCGCAGCUGCGGCUUCAUCAGACCGGCUAUGGCUCCGGUCCCCUCUACAGUUACGGGCGCAGCGGCGGUGCGGUGGGCGAAUACCGGUCCGGAGCGAGGAUGUCCUUGCUCGGGUCGGCGUACCUCCCCCCUCCGGUGCCGCCGGCGCACCACCCUCCCCCCGCCGACCCGCCGCCCUUCAAGAAGAUCCGCCUCUCGGCCGAGCGACCGCAGCCGCUGUCGCACCAGCCCCUCAGGGUCGACACAAGAGAGCCCGUUAUGAACUCUUAUAACACGGUGGAGGUGCUCUCACCGAACCCGCCUUCGGAGCCUACCAUUGAGGACCAGAACUUUCGCACCACCAAGGAUGACCUACUGCAGCAAAUAUCUAAGGUGGAUCGAGAAAUGGCGCUGUCGGAGACGACACUCGCCAAGCUGAAGAAGAAGCAGGAGGAGUUGGAGCAGUCCGCCUCGAAGCCCGCGGCGGCUGCCGAGCCCGAGGAGGCGCCUCCGAGGCACAGGAGCCUCGCGCAAUGCAUCUACGCAGACAACAGAAAAUUGGCGGCCGCCGGCCACGCGGCGCUCGCGCACCUCGGCCCGGAAGUGACGUAUCCCCUGUACAACCAGCCGCAGGACACGCUAGUCUACCACGAGAACAUUCGCAAGCACAAGACCUUUCGCAAGAGGCUCGCGGAACAUCUCAGAGCGCUCAAACUGGAAGCUGAAAAGAGAGAAGACGCAUUGACCGAGGCGUACAGUAGACGAGCGGCAGAGUGGAUGAGAAGAGUAGAGCGGAUAGAACAGGGGCAGAAGAGGAAAGCCAAGGAUGCCAGGAAUAGAGAGUUCUUCGAAAAGGUCUUCCCCGAGCUGAGGAAGCAGCGCGAAGAAAGGGAGCGCUUCAACCGCCUCGGAGCUCGAGUCAAAUCGGAGGCGGAGCUCGAGGAGAUCGCAGACGGCCUGCACGAGCAGGAGCACGAAGACAAGAAGAUGAGGUCGCUCACGGUCGUGCCUCCCUUGCUCAGGGAUCCUAAGGAGCCGCGACCGCUCCACCUGGACGUCAACAAGCGCUGCAUAGACAUGGAGACGGAGCACAAGGAGUUGCAACUGAGGAACGUGUGGACGGCGGCCGAGAGGGAGGCCUUCCGAGAGAAGUACCUCCAACACCCCAAGAACUUCGGGCAGAUCGCCUCGUUCCUGCCCAGGAAGACCGUUCGCGACUGCGUCAGAUUUUACUACCUUUCGAAGAAGGCCGAGAACUACAAGCAGCUACUCAGAAAGCCUCGGCCCAGGAGGCACGCGAGGCCCAGGCCUCCGCCCGAGCCCGAGUUAGUGCACGGCGUCUCCACUGGGGUCACCACCCGCUUGCAGAGAUCGCAAGGUUCUGCUAGAGUAGUGGACAAGGACCAGCCCCCUAUGGAGGAGGUGGUGGUGGCGGACCUCAACGGCAUCCCGAUGCCUCCCCACGCACCGCCCUCGGCGCACCCUUCCAGGUCGGAGUUGAGCCGGACGCCUCCAUUGCCGCCGUCACCUCCGCCGGCGUCUUCGGCACCCCCUGCGCCCGUGGCCACGAGCAUAGGUCUAACGGGCGUUCCGCCCCUCACCGACUCGGCCCUCGGGCCGGAGCCCCUUCAGACCGGCGGACAGACUCCGAACAGCGGUGUGCCAGUGAGUGAAGUGACUAGUGGGCAGAGCAUUCUGUCAGUGACGGUGGCGAGCGGGUCUGGCGAAGGCGUGUGCGUGAGCGCGAUCAGUCUGCCGCCCGGGAGCCCCUUGCCUCCGCCUGCCACGCCGCCCGCCCUCGACAGCGCGGGCCCCGUCAGCACGGACGCGACGGCACCUACGUCGGUCAUAACGACAACGUCGAGUCAAGUUUCAAACGUGUGUGCGGUGACGAGCGGAGCGAGUGUCUCGGGCAGUGCGCCGCCCACGCCGCAGCCCACACGGCCGCCCACGCCCACGCUCGAGCCUGGUAAGUUGCCCUAG